AUGUACAUGGUUCAUUAUCAUAAAGGAUAUUAUGAUGAAGCAUUAUACUAUCAAACGAAGUCGUAUGAACGCGACCAAAGAAUUUUUCCUACUGAUAAUCAUAUUGAUCUUAGCGUGAACACAAAUAAUAUUGGUAAAUCUUAUUAUAAAAAAUGUCAAUAUACAGAAGCUAUGAGAGAUUUUAAAGAAAGUUUAGAUGUAGCUAGACGCGUAUUACAGGGCAAUGAUAAUUAUAGGGAUAUGGUAUUGAAGUUGAUAGAGAAGGCUGACUUAAAUGAUCAUGUUGAUUUGGGAUACACAUUGAAAAAUAUAGAUGAAGUCUAUUUGGAUUUAUUAAAUUUUGAAUUGGCAUUAAAUUAUUUUACGCAAGCACUUGAUAUAUAUAAGAAAACAUUCGAUGAUUUACAACAUCGUGAUGUAGCAAAGUGUUUAAAUCUUAUUGGUGAAGUUUAUUAUGGUAAAAACAAUCAUGAUGAUGAUAGUACAUGUCACAACUAUUACAGUCAAGCAUUAAACAUAUGA